CGACCGAUCCGGAUCGAUCGCGAUCGAUCCGGAUCGGUCGCCUGUUCAGCGUUUGAGAGAGCGACCGGUCACACCGACCGGUCACUGCUUUCGCGCCCACGAUUCAGAGGUGGGUCGCCUAAACAAUAACAAUCAAGAUGGCCGCCUACCCAGAACAAGUCUAUCAAUGCCAGUCCUGCCUCUUCAAGACCUCAAGCAUAACAAUAAUAGGCGACCAUGUGGAAAAUUGCACUGGAACAGCUACCAUUGCUCAUGAUGCUGCACAAGAGGAAUCAUUGGAUGCUGUACAAGACUUUUUGACAAGACACCAGGACGAUGAGACACUGACAAUUCUGGCUCAAGACGGUCAUGAUGCAGGUGACUCCCAGUCUGUACAUGCAUGGCCAGCGGCAGCAACACUACUGCUCAUAGAUUCAUUCAGGAAGCACCAAGAUGAUUUCAAUCAUCCCAACAAAAAGAAAAAUGCCAUUUGGAAGGAUGUUGCAAAAGAAAUGCAAGGCGAAGGCUAUGCUGUUGAUGCUGCUCAGUGUGACAACAAGAUGCGAUCACUGAAGAAAAGGUACAAGCUUAUUAAAGAUAAAGCCAGCAAGACUGGGCAGGGGGCCAUGAGACCAUGGCAGUUCUUCAAUGCCAUGGAUGAUCUCCUGUCUGGUGAUCCAACGAUACGCCCCAUUGCCCUGAAGAGUUCUUUACCUUUUGCCUCUACCUCAACAGCAGCAACACCAUCAUGUGUCGGAGGGCAAGGAUCAUCAACAUCGGGACUGCAGCCCACCAAAAUUUCUGUUGGUGUUCCAUCACCAACAGGAAUACAAAGUCCUGCCCUUCACCUCUUCCUUUGA